AAAUACGGCGUACUUUUGACAACUUCUGGCCUGAACUACUGUCUCUCUCUUCUACCAACGUCAGUCAGUAUUCAACAACACCAACCAUGAACACCUGCGCUUCUCUUCCAGCCUCAAGCUACAAACUUCAUUUCCGCUCAAUUUCCCCUUCCCUAAACCCUAAUUUCCACUUCUUCUCCAAUCCUUCUCUCUCCUCCGCUCAAUUUGCUCCACCUUCCAUCAAUAGACGCUCGAUUUUCUCUCCCUUUCUCGCCGGCGUUCCUUUCUCCGUUCGUCCUGCAGUCAGGCCCAGUAAUGGAUAUCCGCCGUUACUUUCCGGUAAAUCUAGGGUUUCUUCCGAUGAUUCUCACUUCCUCGCCGAAGGCGGAGGAGGGGAGGGAAUGGAAGCGCCGAGUUUUCUGGAAUUCUUGACGUCUGAGAGAGUGAAAGUGGUGAUGAUGCUAGCGUUGGCUCUUGCUCUCUGUAAUGCUGAUCGUGUUGUUAUGUCCGUCGCCAUUGUCCCUCUUUCUCAAUCGCAUGGUUGGAGCCGAGCAUUUGCUGGCGUUGUUCAGUCAUCUUUCUUGUGGGGGUACCUUAUAUCACCAAUAGCUGGUGGGGCUCUAGUGGAUUAUUAUGGCGGUAAAGCUGUCAUGGGAUGGGGUGUUGCUUUGUGGUCUUUUGCUACGUUUCUUACUCCGUGGGCAGCUGAAAAGUCUCUCUGGGCUCUGCUUGCCAUGCGAGCUAUGCUUGGCAUUGCAGAAGGUGUAGCUCUUCCUUCGAUGAACAACAUGAUAUCAAAAUGGUUUCCUCAAGCAGAACGAGCAAGAGCUGUUGGAAUAGCAAUGGCUGGAUUUCAGCUUGGAAGUGCUAUUGGACUAGUGCUUUCUCCCAUUCUUAUGUCUAACGCUGGUGUUUUUGGACCAUUUGUUAUAUUCGGGUUGUUUGGAUUUCUCUGGGUUGUGGUAUGGCUGUCUGCUACAUCCAGUAUUCCAGAAAGAAGCCCUCAGAUCUCUGCGUAUGAAUUAAAGUACAUACUAACGAAGAGGCAGCAGGCUUCUCCAUCCAUCGCCGGGAAGACGCACAAAGCUAAAGUGAUCCCACCUUUCAAGCGGCUGCUCUCUAAGCUUCCUACUUGGUCACUUAUGGUUGCUAAUGCUAUGCAUAGUUGGGGCUUCUUUGUUAUUCUUUCCUGGAUGCCUUUAUAUUUUAACAGUGUAUAUCAUGUUGAUCUUAGACAAGCAGCGUGGUUCAGUGCUGUUCCAUGGAGUAUGAUGGCGCUUGUGGGAUAUUUUGGAGGUGCUUGGUCAGAUAUGUUGAUCCAGCGUGGUGUCAGUGUCACUUUGACCCGAAAAAUCAUGCAGUCAAUAGGAUUUAUUGGACCUGCCAUAGCUCUUGUUGGCCUGACUACAGCAACUAGCCCCUCGAUAGCUUCUGCUUGGCUCACAUUAGCUGUUGGCCUAAAGUCAUUCAGUCAUUCUGGUUUCCUAGUCAACAUACAGGAAAUUGCUCCACAAUAUACUGGCAUACUACAUGGGUUGGCGAAUACAGCAGGAACUGUUGCUGCAAUCCUGGGAACCAUUGGCGCCGGUUUUUUUGUUGAACGGUUCGGAUCUUUCAGAGGAUUUUUAUGGCUGACGUCAUUCUUGUAUAUUCUUGCUGCUUUGUUCUAUAAUUUAUUUUCAACCGGAGAGAUGGUAGAUUUUGAUGCAUCCAGUUCUUGAACCAGAUUCUGUAGGUGCCUGUGGUGAUAUAUAGUAUCUGUAAAUAACACGGACUUAUCAUACAAUUGAAGAGGUGUAUGAAGAAUGGAAGAAGUAGGUUCGGCUGCAUCUGUUUUCAUCCUAGAGCACAAAACGUGUGAAUUACUCCUGCUGUAAAUUAUAAGAAGUUCAUCAUACAUGUAUUCAUGAGCCACUGUAAAAUUCGUUAUAUCUGUGUAGAUAGAACAGAGAGGCUAUCAACUGUGACUUUUUGUGUCUUGUAAACUCCCCAGGUCUCUCCACAGUGGAAGACGGUGAUUAGUGUUGAGGAUUGUACAAAUGACCGGCUUUCUGAGGUACUUUGCAAAUGGUUAAAAGUUGAAUGAAAAUAUCACUAGUAGCUCUAUUCUCUUUCUGUGUGGUUACUACUGAUCAAGGAAAGAGAUUGUUGAAGCAGAAAACAUGUUUAUUCAAGAGAGGGCAAAGGCUUCUGGCAGGCUUUCACUGUUGCUAUUUUUUUGGGGCCUUGGCAACUUGGUCUCAUCCACUUGUGUAGAAUGGUCAUAAAGAAUUAUAGAGUAUUGCGGUUGUAUAUGAAAUUUAUUGACCUUUCAACAUCUUUGACUAGCUGGAAUUACUCAACUACUUAUUGCUA